AUGGAAAAGGAGAUGCAGAAGCUCAAAAGUGUUACGGGCCAGACUGAAAAAAAAACUUUGCAACUUUUGGAAAAGAAGCAAGAAGAAGCCGAUGCCCUGAGCAAGGAAUUGUCAGUUUCCAACCAGUCCCUUGUACUAACCAGACAGCUUCUGGAGAAGGAAAAGGAGAAAGCCCAAAGCUUGCAGAGUCAACUGGAGAAUGCUCAGAAGGAGCUCAGAGAUUCCUGUCAGAAACAGCUGAACACAUUGGAAGAAAAACUCAAGUCUUCAGAUAGUAAAGCUGAAGAAUACAAAGAUAAAACAGCGCAGCUUCAGUUGCAGAUAGAACAAGAACAGAGAAACCAAGAUAGUUUUAUAAAGGAAAGAGAGGCAUACCAGCACAGAAUCGGAGAGCUAAAUGACCAGAUUGCAUGGCCGCGGCAGAAAGAUAGUUCCACACAAAAUACCUUAGAAUAUUAUGGAUCCAAUGCGGUAUGGGCGUUUAUGAUUUUGUGCCUUCUCAUCUGCUAUGUCACAUGUUGCAGAUAAGAGUGUUAGCAUUGCCAUUCAAGAAAGUCCUGGGGUAAACUACGGACGCUGCUGCAGCUUGAAAACGAAGUACUGCUUGUGGAAAAGAAAACACUACUCCUUCUUAUUUGAUCAUUUGAAAAAUA